AUGCUGGGGACGCUUUGGCCGGAGGCUCUGGGACUGAUUUCCGAGAUCCAAGCUGCCAAGCUCCGCGUGCGCGUGGUCAACUACAACUCAGUCAUCAGCAACUUUGCCGCAGGAGCUCUGUGGACCGAGGCGCUGUUCCUGGUGGCGCAGCUGUCUCAAAAGAGCAUUGGGGGGAGUUGCAUCACUUUCAACACUGCAGCCAAUGCCUGUGGUCGGGCACAGCACUGGCAUUUCGCACAGGUGGUCUUGGCUACGCUGGUUGAUAGCGGCCUCCGAAGCAGCUUGAGCUCUUUCAACACGCAAACUCAAGCUCACAGCAAGGGCAUGCAGUGGCAGCAUGCCGUUUUCUCCUUGGAAGAAUUAACACACAAGGCCAUGCUGGCCGAGCCGCAGACACUGAACACCGCCAUCGGUGCUUGUGGGAGUGCCUGUGGCGCCUGGGAGGCUGCGGUAAGCAUUCUGGGGUCACAGCCUUGCGCUCUCUGCGCUCCCUACGCCGACGUCUUUACGUACUCAGCCUGCCUGUCAUGUGUCAGCACGGGCCAUUCGACCUGGGUGCACGCGGUCAGUCUUCUUCAGGACAUGUGCGCUGCAUCGAUUCGCUGGAAUGUGGUGUGUCAGGGUGCAGCCAUCACAUCGAUGGAACGCGGGCAGCAGUGGCACGUAGCCUUGCAGCUACUGCGCGGCUUCGAUGCGGGAUCCCUGCAAGUCAAUCAGAUCGUCCUGAACGCGGCGGUCACUGCCUGCGCACAAGGGGCACAGUGGCGGCGCAGCCUGGAUUUGCUUGUGGAGCUGGAGGGCCGCAAGCUGCGGAAGGACAUGGUGACUUGCAAUGCAGCGGUGGCGGCCUGCGCCCGAUGCAGGCAGUGGCAGCGUGCCUUGAAGCUCCUGGAAGAAGUCUCGGAGGAGAGGCUGCAGAGAAACGCCAUGACAAAUACAUUGGCAGUUGCUGCCUGCAGCGGAGCUUCUUUGUGGGAAGAAGCCAUGGUCUUGCUAAGAAGCAGUCAGGCAAGCACCGCUGGUGUGGACCCUGUGACGUUUACGGCAGGCAUCGACGCAAGUGCACAGGGCGAGCAGUGGGAGCGGGCCUUGGGCCUGCGAGAAGCCUUGGGGUCUGCCGCCAACGUGCUAAGCCACGGUGCUGCCGUCAGCGCUUGUGAGGGUGGGGGCCGCUGGUGGCCUGCGUUGGCCUUGCUUGCACACAUGCAGUACAGCGUGGCUCAGGUGAAUGCCGUGAUCUACAACGCGGCCAUCAGCACCUGUGAAAAAGCCCAGCAGUGGCGGCGUUCCCUGCUUCUUGUCGAGCAGAUGCGCAACUCCUGCCUGCCGGACCUGGUCACCUACAAUGCAGUCCUUGCCGCCUUGGCCCAAAGGAAGGCUCCAAAGGCUACUUCCGUCCUCUCGCUGCUUCGGCAACUCCACGCUGAUGCCUUGCAGUGCAACUUGAUCACAUGGAAUGCGGCGAUCACAGCCUGUGGGGGCCAGUGGCCAGCUGCCCUUGAACUCCUCAAAUCGCUUGGAAGGGCUCUUCUUCCGAACGUGAUCACGUACGCUGAAGCAGUCAGGUCAUUGACCUUGGGCGGACAGCCACAAAUUUCCUGGCUUUUGGUGGCAGCUACGACAAGGGCCUUGCAGGACAUUGAGAGUGUCGUCAUUCCUUGA